AUGUCGCUAUACCCAGUGCUGACUUCAGCAAAACCAGAGUUGGCCUACAAACGCAAGCAUCUCUCUGUAUGGAUUUUUUUUCUGUUUCAGAAGGAAGAUGUCAUUAAUGCGGAAAGGGACGAAAGACUGUCUCUUCGGAAGUAUCGCUUCAUGCAUUUUGCAUCAGUGGAAUAUGAAGGAGAAUGUUACAUGACACCAAGAGAUUUCUUGUUCUCAGUAAUGUUUGAUCAAGUUGAACGUAAAGCCUCAGCCAAGAAACUGACAAAAAAGGAGGUAGAUGCUGCACUGCUGUGUGUUGCCAAAGCUAAACCAGGACCGACCUUUUUUAGAGAGCUUGGUGAUAAAGGGUUGAUAUCUUAUGCAGAGUACCUAUUUUUGCUGACAAUCCUUACGAAACCGCAGACUGGAUUUCAGAUUGCCUUUAAAAUGUUGGAUACAGAUGGCAAUGAACAAGUUGAAAAGAAAGAAUUCUUUAAGCUACAGAGAAUCAUUGGGAAGGAAGAUGAUUUGAAGACAGCUGGAGACGAAACAGUAUUUCGGGGAGCAGAACAGGAAAGCUCUGGUGUUAAUACUAUGUUGCUGAUACAUUUCUUUGGAAAAGAAGGAAAGGAAAAACUUCGCUACUCUGAGUUUUUCAGAUUCAUGGAAAAUCUGCAAACAGAAGUCCAAGAAAUGGAAUUCAUAAAGUUUUCAAAGGGUUUGAAUGUCAUGAGAAAAGAAGACUUUGCAGAAUGGUUACUGUACUUCACCGAUGAGGAAAACAAUGACAUUUACUGGCAGAAUGUGAAAGACAGAAUUGAGGCGGGAGAGAAUAUCAGUUUGGAAGAAUUCAAGACUUUUUGCAAGUUUACAAACAACCUGGAAGACUUUUCUAUUGCCAUGCAGAUGUUUUCUGUAGCAAAUCGUCCUGUUAAACGGGCUGAGUUCAAGAGGGCAGUGAAGGUGGCAACAGGACAGGAGCUCUCAGAUAAUGUUUUGGAUACCAUCUUCAAGAUUUUUGAUCUAGAUGGGGAUGACUGCCUGAGCCACGGCGAGUUUCUUGGAGUCCUGAGGAACCGUAUUCAUCGAGGUUUGAGGGUACCGCAACAGCAAGGCAUUCAAGGUUACUGGAAGUGUGUGAAAAGAGAAAGCAUUAAAGGAGCCAAAGAAGUGUGGAAGCAAACUGGGAAAAGUCCUUUUUAAAGCAGUCCAUUGUUCUUUUGCUAUAAAUGUUGUUAUUUAGGGGGGGUUGUCUGUCCUGUUUACAUAAUAGCUGAAUCAAAAAUACUCUCUUUUUUUACUAUAGUUAAACUUUAAUUAACCCAGUUUCUAAUGGAAUAAUUUUAUAUCGUUCUAGUGCAAUCAGUUUGGUUUACAGAACUGUUACCACUUUUGACCUCCAUACGGAAGUACUCUUGUUCUAGGGAAUAGUGUUGUUUACUCCUCUUGGAGUCUGACCCUGCGCUGUAGCACACAGACUACGCAGGAUUUAAUAGUGGCCACUGGCAGGAACGUCACAGCAAUAUCAUCUCCUGUUGGAAGAGUGGACAUCAUCUCAGUUAGCCACUAACACAGCAAAAAAACCCUGGCAAGGAUAGAGGUCCAAAAGGCGAAACCACUUGCACAAUCCAUGCAAAUCAAGUUAUCCUAAAUCAAAAGGGAAAAUUCACGUGGUUCGUGCCCUCAUUACUGUGAACUGCUCAUGUGCUCGUUCCUGGUGGAUGAUUCCACCAGAUCCUGUGUGAAUGUCUGGAUUGUCUACUUUCAUGAUGAUAAUAUUAAACUGGAAAUACAAGACUGUUGAUACAGGCUUUGAAAGUUGUACAUUAAUCUAUGAAUGUGCAUUGGGUCUCUCAGACCUCUUCAAUAAAUGGUAUAAAUGAGAAGCAAAAAUCCUCAUUCUAGCAUAAAGAGCAGUAGCUACAAUUUGAGUCAUAACUAUGUUGCUUUAAUUGUAUUGCAGAAGGUGAAUGUGU